AUGGCCUCUGGAUCUUCUCUCCUGGAAGAGGAACUCUCCUGUCCUGUGUGCUCUGAAAUCUUCAGGGAUCCUGUUGUCCUGAGAUGCAGUCACAGCUUCUGUAAGGCCUGUCUGCAGCAGUACUGGGAUCAGAAGGAAUCUCGAGAGUGCCCAGUCUGCAGGAGAAGAGCCUCUAUGGAUUUUCCUCCAAUUAACCUUUCUCUGAGGAAUACCUGUGAGGCGUUCUUAAAGGAGAGAAGUCAGAGAGCUGAAGCAGGAUCUGAAGUGCUCUGCAGUCUGCACAGUGAGAAACUCAAACUCUUCUGUUUGGAUGAUCAAAUACCCGUCUGUGUUAUCUGUCAAACUUCAAGAAAACAUGAAAAACAUAAAAUGCUACCAGUUCAGGAGGCUGCAGAAGAGAAUAAGGAGAAACUCAGGACUGCAAUGGCUCCACUGCAGGAGAAGCUAAAAGCCUUCAAUGCAGUGAAACUAAUCUGUGAUCAAACAGCAGAGCACAUCAAGAGCCAGGCCCAGCACACAGAGAGACAGAUAAAGAUGGAGUUUGAGAAACUUCAGCAGUUCCUAAAAGAUGAAGAGGCAGCCAGGAUCACUGCACUGAGGGAGGAAGAGGAGCAGAAGAGUCAGAUGAUGAAGGAGAAGAUUGAGAAGAUGACAGAAGAGAUAUCAUCCCUUUCAGAACAGAUCAGAGCCAUAGAACAGGAGCUGGGAGCUGAAGACAUCUCAUUCCUGCAGAACUACAAGGAUUCCCAGAACAGAGCCCAGUGCACACUGGGGGAUCCAGAGAAGGUCUCAGGAGUGCUGAUUGAUGUGGCCAAGCACCUGAGCAAUCUGAAGUACAGAGUGUGGGAGAAGAUGCUGGGGACUGUUCAAUACACUCCUGUGACUCUGGACCCAAACACAGCACAUCCCGACCUCUCACUGUCUGAGGAUCUGACCAGUGUGAGAUACAGUGAUGAGGGACAGCAGGUUCCUGAUAAUCCAGAGAGAUUUGAUGGGUGGUAUUGGGUGCUGGGCUCUGAGGGAUUCAGCUCAGGGAGACACUGCUGGGAUGUAGAAGUGGGGGGUGGGAACUGGUGGGUGGGUGUGGUUAAAGAGUCCAUCAGCAGGAAAGGGGAUAUGAAUAUGAACUCAACAGGAGGAGUGUGGAGUAUAUAUAAGUAUGAGAGUGGGAAAUACACAGCCCUGACCUCCCCAUCUACAGCCCUCACUGUGCAGAGGGAACUCCAGAGGGUCAGAGUGCAGCUGGACUGGGACAGGGGGCAGGUAUCAUUCUCUGACCCCAGUAACAACACUCCUCUCUACACUUUUAAACACUCCUUCACUGAGAGACUGUUUCCAUUCUUUCAUUGUUCUUCUCUCCAGACUCGUAUACAGAUCUGUCCAAUGAAGGUGUCUGUAACAGUGGCGUAG